AUGGGGUUGCAAUAUACGAAUUUUUUUGAAAAUAAAGAUUAUGAGACAGAUACUCAAAUCAUUAUCUGUAAGGAAUGUUCCAGUCAUUUAUGUUUAUCCAGCUUAAUUAUCAGUGAUUCAUUUAGUGGAUCUUCAGGUCCAGCUUAUUUGGUGGAUAAGCUUAUUAAUUUCACAACCGAAGAUAAUUUAGAAGAGACCCAAAUGAAGACAGGGAUUUAUUUGAUUAAGAAGGUUAAGUGUCAUCAAUGUUUGAAUAUUUUGGGAUGGACUUAUAAGAGAUCUUAUAAUUACAGAGAAAGUUAUAAAGAAGGGAAAUUUGUCAUUGAAAAGGCUUAUAUCAAGACCAUUGAUAAUAAUUCAUCAACUAAGAAUUUGAUGGAGUCUGCAAGGAAAAAUUAUAGAAGGAGGUUAAGUUCAAAUUCAACAAUUAAUUCUUGUGAACUAGAUGAUUUCAAGGAUUUCAAAUAUAUGAGAGGUGGGUUGAAAGAUGUUAAAGAAGAUGAAAAAGUGUUGGUGGAGUUGUAA